UGGUGUGUGCUCAUUGAUUCUAUGCCCAGCUAACUCACGGCCUGGCGGGAACGGGGCGGCGAGGGGGUCGCGUUUUCUCGCUGCUGUUUUUCCCCUCCCCCGCGCUCAACCCCACACCGUCGUUGGCUUGAGGAAGGAAAUCUGGGUGGCAGCAGCCAUGUCCAAGGCGUGGGCUGCGGGCGUCUGUACUGCUCUUGCUUGUGCCUGCUCUUCCUCUUGGGUGGAUCACAUUGCGUAUGCAGACAGCUUCUUUCGUUUUCCUACCUUCACCUCUUUACCUUCUGAUGCAACUAGCGGCGACGCUUCUCAGCCUCGUGCGGACGAUGGUGCCACCGCCGCUAAGCAAAUUAGUACCAGCGAGCAGGCCGGCAGUGGAAGUGGAACUUCCUCUGGCUUCGAUCCUGAAUCACUGGAGAGAGGUGCCAAAGCGCUGCGAGAGAUCAACAGCUCUCCCUGUGCCAAGCAGGUCUUCGACAUCAUGAGGCGGCAGGAGGAUACUCGGCUUGCCGAAUUGGCGGUGGAGAAAGCUCACUUCCAGGCCAUGCAAUUCCUGUCCGACAUUGAUAAAGAAAAAAGAGUUGCUGAAGAGAAACGGAACCUAGUUCAACAGCAGGCACAAGCAAAGGCACAGACAGCACGCUACGAGGAUGAGUUGGCUAGAAAAAGGAUGCAGGCCGAUCAUGAGGUUCAGAGACGGCACAAUGUUGAAUUAGUCAAGAUGCAGGAAGAAUCCUCUCUGAGAAAAGAACAAGCCAGACGUGCCACCGAAGAACAGAUGCAAGCACAGCAACUGCAAACUGAAAAGGAAAAAGCAGAGAUAGAACGCGAGACGAUUCGAGUAAAAGCCAUGGCUGAGGCAGAAGCUAGGGCACAUGAAGCGAAACUGACCGAGGGUCAAAAUAGGAGGCUGCUAGUGGAACGGAUCAAUGGUGAACGCGAGAAGUGGAUUGCAGCCUUAAACACUACUUUUGGCCAUAUUGAAGGUGGCUUCAAAAUGUUGCUGACAGAUAGAAAUAAGCUAAUGCUUGCUAUUGGAGGAGCCACUGCUGUCGCUGCAGGAGUUUACACAACUAGAGAGGGAGCUAGAGUCAUUUGGGGCUACAUCAAUAGGAUACUGGGCCAGCCUUCACUUAUCCGUGAAUCAUCAAUGUCAAGAUUUCCAUGGGUACCUAAGUUUCUUUUCCAAGGCACAAACACAAUUUCUUUAACUGGAGUGAUGGCGAAGCCAGGGGGAAAUGGAAGCAACUUGGACAACAUUAUUUUGCAUCCUUCAUUAAAAAGGAGAAUUGAGCAACUUGCUCGAGCUACUGCAAACACCAGGUCUCAUCAAGCACCAUUUAGGAACAUGCUUUUCUAUGGACCUCCUGGGACUGGCAAAACUAUGGUUGCAAGGGAGAUGGCUCGAAAAUCGGGUUUGGAUUAUGCCAUGAUGACUGGUGGAGAUGUUGUACCAUUGGGUUCUCAAGCUGUCACAAAAAUCCACCAGUUGUUUGACUGGGCAAAGAAAUCAAAAAAAGGUCUACUGUUGUUUAUUGAUGAGGCAGAUGCAUUUUUAUGCGAGCGUAAUAGCACACACAUGAGUGAAGCACAGCGAAGUGCGCUGAACGCUUUGCUAUUCAGAACUGGAGAUCAAUCAAAGGAUAUUGUGCUUGUUCUUGCAACCAAUAGGCCAGGAGACCUGGAUGCUGCAAUCUCGGACAGAAUUGAUGAAGUUAUAGAAUUUCCUCUUCCUGGUGAACAGGAGCGUUUCAAGUUGCUGAAACUGUAUUUGGAUAAGUACAUUGUGAGUGGCGGCAGGACCGUAUCCAGAUGGUCUUCGUUCUUUGGGUCUAAUCAGCAACAGAUAUUAUUGAAGGAUAUCUCUGAAGAUGUGAUUCGUGAAGCAUCAAAUAAGACGGGAGGUUUUUCUGGUCGUGAAAUCGCAAAGCUCAUGGCGAGCAUCCAAGCAUCUGUAUAUGGGCGAAGAGACUGUACGCUUGACACUGAUCUAUUCCUUCAGGUCGUGGACUACAAAGCGAAGGAACAUGAACAGCGGAUAAAGCUUUCGCAUGAUGGAACUCACGAGUGUCCUACCUAGAGAUACCUGAGUGUGUAAAAGCAGGAACACUAAAACUGUCACUUCAGAAUUUUCCACCAUGGUGAAUGGUCAAUUGAGUCUUCCAAAUGGAGUUUCUAGGGGCUAGUUAGUCUUCACAUGGACAAUUGAAGUCUUGUCACCGAGGUUGGAAAACCAAGUUAAGGUAAUGCGUACGGGUGCAUCAUCCUUGUAUGUAUACAUACAACAGCUUGAUCCUGAUCUUCAGAUUGUUAAUGUUAUUUUUGGAAAACAAUUUAGGAACA